AUGUCGAUAGCACCAUUAAUAGAGAUCAGACAAAUAGACACUUAUCAUUUCACUUCACCUAAGCUUAAUGAGAUUUUAAUAUCUGAAAUAAAAAAGUCGCUAGAAUAUUUAGCUCCCUUCUCACUCCAAACUCAAAAAGUGGUAGCUUGUACAGGUUUUAGUAGGCCUUUGGAAGUAUUGAGUAACUAUCCUAUACCACAAGUUGGAGAACACGAAGUUUUAGUGCAGAACAGAGCUAUUGGAAUAAAUCCUAUUGAUUGGAAAAGCAAAAAAUACCGAUUUGCAAUUUAUGAUUUUCCAUGGAUCAAUGGUCGUGAAAGCAGUGGGGUUGUUGUGAAGACUGGAUCUAAAGUCACUGAGUUCAAAGUCGGCGACAAAGUGAUGUUGGGAAGUACUAGCUAUAGAGAUAACAGAACUAGCACAUUUCAAGAAUACACAGUCAUGAAUGCAAACUUAUUAUGGAAGUUGCCUCUGCAUUGGAAUUAUGAUAAUGGAGCUACUAUAGGUGUGGGACUUGUUACUGCAGCAAUAUUGUUAGUUGAUUCGUUCAAGAUUCCUUUGAUUGAAAAUUCACAGAGAGGUAAAACUAUCAUCAUUUGGGGGGGUGCAACAACAGUAGGAAUGUAUUUGACCCAGCUUGCAAAGUAUGUUGGAUUAAGGGUUAUAAGUCUUGCCAGCAAAACUAAUGCUGAUUAUUUGAUAUCAUUGGGUGCAAAUAAAACUAUUAGUCGGCAUUUAACGUCUGAAGCAAUUCAUGUGGUCCUUGAACAAGAAAAUACUAGAAUUGAUUUUGCGGUUGAUUGUGCCUCAAAUGAAUCUGCUUCUUUCCUUCUUGAAGUUCUCUCCCAAAAUCAGGGAAAUAGUGCAGAACCCCAAUUAUUUACUGGCAUUGUUGCAAUACCUAAAGUGCGACCACCUUCAACUGUCGAAAUUCGCGGUUUAACAAUCAAAAAGUUCCAUGAAGAUCAACAAUUUGGAAGAGAAAUUGUUCGAGCAACAACUUCUUUAUUCGAAGACGGAUCAAUUCAACCAGUUCGACAUCGUAGUUUUAAAGGUGGUAUAGAUAAGGUUGUUUCUGCAUUAACUGCCUUAGAGGUUGAGGGAGCAAGUGCUGAGAAGUAUGUUGUUACUCUUACGUAA